UUUUGUUUUACCCAAUGGAAAUAUGCGUAGCUUCAAUUGUGAACUUCCGUGAUGUUGUUGUAAAAAAAAUGGCAUCGCUUGACAGAGUGAAGGUGUUGGUAUUAGGAGAUUCUGGUGUUGGUAAAUCUUCGCUAGUCCACUUGCUCUGUCAGAACCAGGUUCUGGGCAACCCGUCAUGGACUGUUGGCUGUUCUGUCGACGUAAGAAUCCACGACUACAGAGAAGGCACACCAGAGGAGAAGACGUACUACAUUGAAUUGUGGGAUGUUGGCGGAUCGGUGGGCAGCGCCAGCAGCGUGAAGAGCACUAGAGCCGUGUUCUACAGCUCCGUGAACGGCAUCAUCCUGGUACAUGACCUGACCAAUAAGAAGUCAUCUCAGAAUCUGUAUCGCUGGUCUCUGGAGGCUUUGAACAAGGACUCGUCUCCCACUGGUGUCAUCGUGUCAAACGGGGACUAUGACCGGGAGCAGUUUGCGGAUAAUCCGGUUCCACUGCUGCUUAUUGGUACUAAAUUUGACCAAAUCCCAGAGAACAAGCGCAACGAGGUUCUGACUAGAACCGCCUUCCUGUCAGAGGACUUCAACGCAGAGGAAAUUAACCUGGAUUGCACUAACCCACGCUACCUGGCAGCUGGCUCUUCCAACGCAGUGAAGCUGAGUCGCUUUUUCGAUAAGGUUAUAGAGAAGAGAUAUUUUACAAAGGACCCAAGCCAGCUCACAGGCUUCACAGACCGAAAGCGUUUCAACUUCAAGAGUCUGCACUACGACUGAGCCUAACAGCAAGACCACACACACACACACACACACACACACACACACACACACACACACACACACA